AUGCUUGAAUUGCCUGAUGAAAUUCUUCUCACCAUCUUUUUAAUGAUUGAAGAUGAUGACAAGACAUGGAGAUCAUUGAUGCUAACCUGUAAAUCUCUGAAAACAAUUUGUUAUGACUACAGAUAUCAAAUGGUCAACUUUCCGAAAGCUACUAUUAAAUUAUAUCAAGGAAAACCAAAUCAAUACUACAUAAGCCUUGUCCAAUUUGAUACAAACUAUUCAACAUACAAAAUACCACAUAGGAUGGAUUGGCCUCAUCCUGGGAAUACAGACGUGAUUACUAGAUGGUUUAAAUUGAGGGUUGAUCCAAAGACAAUGCUUAUCCAUACAUCUGAUUAUCGUUUCACUAGAUCAACAGGAAGAUGUUCCCACCACCCUGAAAGUGAGACUCAAAUACCUUAUGCAAGUUGUUUUGGAUGCGAAUCACCUGGAUGUGAUGAUGCUAAAGCUUGUUGUGAUCUAACUGGCACAAGAUUUAAAUUCAAUGCUAAAUUCCAUCAUGAUGGCUGUGCAAGCAACGGAUCAUGGAAAUUUGAGAAACAUAAUAAGAAAAUUAAAUUGACAGGUGGUGGUUAUUGUGGUUGGACAACUCCUUUAGCAGCCAAAACAGAAAUAGAUGCUGUGCUUGGUGGUUGGUAUGUUGGUAUUGAGCUUGAUUAA